GGUUUUCCGUAGCAGAAAGCAGGACAUCAAGCUCCUUGACGUCAUCACAAAUAACUGGUUUAUUUUUAUUUAACUUUCCGUAUGCAACAUUACCAGUAGCACGGAAUCUAUUGAAGUCUCUCAAAAACGUCCUUUUUUGGGUGUCUUCUAUCAGGAUAAUUUUGAGCGUAAACUUAAGAAGCCUGAAAAUGCUAACAACUAAAGACCUUUUAAAAACGGAUCGACGGAAAAUUAGAGAGCAUUGGAAGAAAAGCGAUGCUCAGAUGGAAAUUGAAAUUGGCAUAAUAAGAAAUUGGAUUAAAACUCAAAAGCAUUUACCCGAAAUACCAUGUGAUAACACGAUUGAAUAUUUUUUAACAAAUUGUAAAUUUAGUACUGAAAAAACCAAAAGAACAUUAGAUAUGUAUUAUACUGUUCGAGAUUUGAUACCCGACUUUUACGAAAAUAAACAUCCUGGCUCAGAUCGCAUGAAACUGAUUAAUGAAGUACUUUAUACGCUUCCACUACCAGAGCUCACAGAAAAUCUUCAUAGGAUAACUAUAUUCAAACUUAAUGAUGUAGAUCCAGAUUCAUUUGAUAUAUAUGAUCAUGCAGGGCAGUUUUUAAGGAAUCUAUUUGAAAUUAAAACUAAAGAAGACCUUACGUUGGGAGAAAUUUUUGUUAUGGAUUGUAAGCACGCUAAAUUUGCGACUAUAAUUAAAUGUACUCCAAUGUAUGUUAAGAAAAUUGCUUUUGUAUUGGAAAAUGUAUGGGCCAACAGACUUAACGAAAUGCACUUAGUUAAUGUACCUACGUAUAUGGACAGACUAAUAGCUUUGUCAAGGACAUUGUUAAGUAAAAAAUUACGAGAGCGGAUUUAUGUUCACGAAAGCUUGGACGAUAUGUUUAAAGCUGUCCCUCAAGAGCUUUUACCCAGUGAUUAUGGAGGAAAAGCUCCAUCAAUGGAUGAACUUAAAAAACUAUGGAUAGCUAAAUUUAAAGAAUAUACAGAGAGAUUUGAUAAAAUGGAGGAGUUAAAAGUCAACGAAAAAUUGCGACCAGAGAAGAUGGAAAAUAGCGAACUUCUUGGGUACCACGGAAACUUUAAAAAGAUCGAUGUUGAUUAAAUUAAAUGUGUUAGUGUGUUAAAUUAAUGUGUUAAUUGUUUUUAAUGUUUGAUUUUCAGAAAAAACUACGCAUUGUUUUCAUAAAUUUAUAAUAAAUCUUACUAUGUAUAAAUAAUACCUA